AGAGCGAGGCUGAACGCCUGACGUCAAGGCGACACCGCCAAACCUCGCCCAGAGUCAGGCGUGUAAACCAGCCGGAGCGGCGGCGGCGGCGGCGGCAGCAGCAGCAGCAGCAGCGGUAGCGGCAAGACCGCCGUGGCGCCGGGAGCAGCGACCCGGAGGGAGCGUGAGGCGACGCUGGCUGCGGGCACCCGGUGACAGCGCGAGAGGUUCGCAGAGUACUAGCUUUUACAAGUUUGCACCAUGCGUGAGUAUAAGCUAGUCGUUCUUGGCUCGGGAGGCGUUGGAAAAUCUGCUCUGACUGUACAGUUUGUUCAAGGAAUUUUUGUUGAAAAAUAUGAUCCUACGAUAGAAGAUUCUUAUAGAAAGCAAGUUGAAGUAGAUGCACAGCAGUGUAUGCUUGAAAUCCUGGAUACUGCAGGAACGGAACAAUUCACAGCAAUGAGGGAUUUGUACAUGAAAAAUGGACAAGGCUUUGCAUUAGUUUAUUCCAUCACAGCACAGUCCACAUUUAAUGAUUUACAAGAUCUGAGAGAACAGAUUCUUCGAGUUAAAGACACGGAUGAUGUUCCAAUGAUUCUGGUUGGUAAUAAGUGUGACUUGGAAGAUGAAAGAGUUGUAGGAAAGGAACAAGGUCAAAAUCUAGCAAGACAGUGGAACAACUGUGCAUUCUUAGAAUCCUCUGCAAAAUCAAAAAUAAAUGUUAAUGAGAUCUUUUAUGACCUAGUGCGACAAAUUAACAGAAAAACUCCAGUGCCUGGGAAGGCCCGCAAAAAGUCGUCAUGUCAGCUGCUUUAAUAUACUAAAUGCAUUGUAGCUCUGAGCCAGGUCUGAAGAACUGUUGCCCAAUUCAACAGUGCCAGCAUUCCAACUUUGUUAAACCUACCAACAUCUUAAAUGGACUUUCUGUGGUGGUACCCUUUAAGAGGCGGAUGAAAACUACUACAUCAGUUUGCACAUUCUAAUCACUUUCCAGUAUCACAGAGAGAUUUUUACUUAUAUAAUAGUCCUAGAGUAUGCAGCUGGUAAAACCAGAGGCUACAAUCCAGUAUUACUGCUAAGAGACAUUUUUCAUCCACCAAUGUUGUACAUGUAUGAAAAUGGUGUACUGUAUACUUUAACACACCCCAUACUUUGUAUUGGAGAGUACAAUAAUGUAAAUCCUAAAAGCACCACUAUUUUAGCAUAAUAAAAGAAAGUCCAAAGAGCUCCUAUAUAGACUACUCCAGAUAACUUUGCUUCUUUGAUACUUGUAGCUUAUUGUAAUUUUUUUUAAGAAAUUCAAGGUCAUUAUCAUUGUAUUGUACAAAUAAGCGCUUUGAUUAACACAGCUAUAUAGUUUUUUUAAUUUUUAAAAAACCUGUGGAGACAGUGAUCUUGUCUUUAAAAUAUAAUAGUCCUUCAGUAUAAUGUCUUAGAUUAAAGACGUUGCCUUUAAUAUCUGUUGGGAAGGAAAUGUCCAGACUUUUCAAAUCUUUUAUUAUAUGUUUCCUUUUUUGUUUACAUAGGGAACAAUGUUUAUAGUUGUGUGUACAGUGGGGGUCUACAACAAGAAGUGUAUAUUUUCAAACAAUUUUUUAAUGAUUUAACAAUUUUUGUAAAUCAUUUUCAGGCUUCUGCAGCUGUAGAUUCUCACUGUGAAUCCCCUGCUUGCUCAUGCAUAAGUGUAUUUGCAAUACCAAAUAUACAGGUUUAGUAUUUUUGCCUGUUAGUGAUUGUUUCCCAUGUGUAACGUUUUGGUUGAGAUGUUAAAUGGUGGAAGAGUACUGUGGAUGUGAAUGUGGGAAGUAAUUUUAAUCAUGUGUAAUUGGUCACAAGGCCUAAGUUGCAGUAACUAUUGCUGUUUUAUUUAACAAUGCCUUGUUGCUCUGUAUGCAUUAAAGUUUGGGUGUAAAGAUUGUGUGUCUAUCCAACAGGGAGCCACAGUAUUUAAAUUGACCAACCUAAUGUUACAACUACUUUUGAGGUGGCCAAAUGUAAACUAAAAGCCUUAAUUAAAGUGGUGCAAUUUUGUAUAACUUAGCAUCAGUAGUUCAAUAAAUUUGGAUUGCCAUGCAAGGGCUUGCAUUAUAA